AGUUACGCACAGAACCCAUACUGCACAGUACGUUCAGUCCUCCGAGCGAACGCCGGCGUCCGGGCUCCGUAGCCCGACACUGUCGACGUGUACAGCGCAGUACUGUACGGCACUAUCAGUUGUGAUUCGUCACAGGACUUUCGAGAUUAUAUCCACGAGGUAGACGUUACUCUCCGACCUGUCUGUUUCUUGCACCGGUUAUCUUUCCGUUGCUGGUGAGUAGCCGGCGGGACUCCUGACUUUUUUCUCGGCAGACUAAAAAAAAACGAACGAAAGAAAGGCGCGGUCUCCGCUGCUCAGAGAAGGAGCGGGAGCGGGAGGGAAACAGAGAGCAGAGAGCGCGGGAGGGAGGGCGCGAGGGAGGGGCGAAGAGGACGAGGACGAGGACGUUAGCCCUAAAAGACCACGAAAGCGCCAGCGAAGGAAGCGCGUCUGCUUCUUCUUCGUCUUCUUCUUCUUCUUCAUCGUCCAGGAAGUGAGCACGGCCAGCGAGGGGAGGGAAGGCAGCGAGACAGGCAAGUAUGCAAUGGGCGAGUUUUGCCUUUUCUUGAGAUUGUUCGGCCCAUCCUGCGGAGCGAAGGCUGUUGUGUCCGAGAGCAGUGGAAGCAUCGUCGCUCUGCCUCUUAUGCCGAUUCUCGGUGCAUUCUCGUCGAUUGCACCGACGAAGAUCGUUCACAGUUUGGCUUGACUGUUGUUGGCGUCGGUGGUGUGUCAGCGAUGAUGGCGAUGAUGAAGUAAAGGUGAGGGAAGGGAGAUGUGUAGACUAGGCUGGUUCAGGUUGUAGUUUUGGUGCACAGGCUUUGUUGAUUGUUUCUGCAGGGGAGAGACGAGGUUUGGUCUCGACUGCAUCGAGCAAUUUGGAAGUUCCGGCUUCACAGACUUUUCUCUCAUGUUCUUGCGAGUAGGCACGAGACAGGACAGUGCGACACGGCAGUCCAAAGAAGGGAGGUAGUUGGUUGUAAUCGGCGAGCAGAGGUUAAUGACGUGAGGAGUCUCGCAGGAAUCGUACGGACUGACUGCGUAGGCGCCUAACCUUUUGUAACGACAAUUUGAACUUCUCAUGAGGAGUACGGGAAUUUUGACGCGAGAGUGGAAAUCUGUCCACUGUGAUUGAAGAACUAUUUUGACUAGGAUAUCGGCCGGUUGGUGAAUCUCUGCUGCUCCAAGAUCGGUCUUUACCGCACGGACCGAGUCUUGUGUAGAUAGUCAUCAAGAGGAAUGGAGCAGGGCGGGGCAUCUGUCGCUGCGGAAGCUUUUCUGGCAAGCCUGGAGGCAACCGUGGGAGGGCCUGCAUCUCACGCUGGAGCCCAUCCAUGGCAACAGCAGCAGCAGCAGCAGCAAGACGGAGGUAACGGAGUGGGAUUUGGCCACAGCAUGAGUCGCGAGUACUCGGCUCAAAACGGGCAUGGUGCCGAAUAUUUAUCACAUGGGUCUGGAGAUGUCGAAGCACACCGGCAGGCUUGGAUGCAAGGACAGGCCGAGAAUUAUCAAGGACAUCCUAGCUACCAUCAGCAAAGGGACGCAGAGUAUCAGCACGAGAGGGACGCUUAUGCAGGACAAUAUUCAUCUCAGCACGGUGGGCAUGGAGAGGAUAGAGGCAGCGAGGGCGAUCAGAGGAAUUCGAGGAGUUUCACAUACGAUGGAACUGGAGGUUACAAUGACGCCAGAGGUGGUUUUAUCGACGAUGAUUCUUAUCACGGAGGCAAUAAAGCCACUGCCGAUGGGACGCCGUCGCACCAGCCUUCCGGGUCUGGCAACGGAGAGGGUGAUGGAGGUGCCACUGGUGAUCAAAACUUGAGCAGUACCGGCGAAACGAAUUCUCAAAAGAGGAGGAGAAGCCGAUGGGGACCCCAGGCUGAUGGUGAUGGAGAAACCAACGAGAGUGAAGGUGGAGCCAAGAAGCGGAAGUCCAGAUGGGCAUCAGACGAACCUAAAGCUCCUCUUCUUGGUCAGAUUCAACUUCCUGACUUCGUGAGGGAGUUGACCGGCGGAGUCGACCUCGAUCCUGAGUUGCAAGCUCUGAACAUUAAGCUUUUGGACAUCAACAGGAAGCUUCAAACUGGUCAGGUUUUGGACGACAGGGGAGAUGGAAAUAGAUCACCUUCUCCCGAACCUAUCUACGACAAUAUGGGUAUCAGGAUCAACACCCGGGAGUACCGAGCUAGGGAGAAGCUUACUCGUGAAAGACAGGAGGUUAUUGCCCAGCUCAUCAAGAAGAAUCCAACCUUCAAGCCGCCCGCCGAUUACAAGCCCCCAAAGCUUUACAAGAAACUAUACAUCCCCGUGAAAGAAUAUCCUGGAUACAAUUUCAUCGGUCUAAUUAUCGGUCCUCGCGGCAACACUCAAAAGAGGAUGGAGAAGGAAACCGGGGCCAAAAUUGUUAUCCGGGGCAAGGGGUCCGUGAAGGAAGGAAGGUCCCAACAAAAGCGGGACAUGAAACCCGAUCCUUCAGAGAACGAGGAUUUGCACGUGCUCGUCGAGGCCGAUACUCCAGAUGCUCUGGAGAAAGCUGCUGGAAUGGUUGAGAAACUUUUAGUGCCCGUCGAAGAAGGAAGGAAUGAGCACAAGAGAGCACAAUUGCGGGAGUUGGCAGCUUUGAACGGAACCAUAAGGGAUGACGAGUACUGCCGACUUUGUGGAGAGCCUGGUCAUCGGCAGUAUGCUUGUCCUGCUCGUCACUCCACCUUCAAGAGUGAUGUUUCGUGCCGAAUUUGUGGUGAUGGUGGUCAUCCCACCAUAGAUUGUCCUUUGAAAGGCUCUGCUCAAGGGAACAAGAUGGAUGACGAAUACAAGAGUUUCUUAGCGGAGCUAGGCGGCGGCGGAGCUGAAGGAGGGGGAGGAGGAGGUGGCGGUGGUGGUGUUGGAAGUGGAGGUGGUUCUGCAUCUGGUGACGUUGGUGGUGUUCGGCAGUCUGGCCCAACCUUGGCUCUACCAGGACCACAGGGGAGCAGUGGACCUCCAUGGGCUGGUGGUGCUGCAGGAGGAGCAAGUGCUGGAGGAGGUAGUAGUGCGGGUAGCAUCCCAGGAUUUGUAAGUGCUAGCGGUGGUCCUAUGAUGGGCGGUUCACCGAGCAUGUCUAGCGGAGGAAUGGGUAUGCAAGGAGGUAGCGGAAUGGGUGGUGGAGGCAUGGGAGGUAGUGGAAUGGGAGGUGGAUACGGGGGACCGCCGAUGGGGCCUCCCAUGGGUCCUUCAGGUGCAGGUCCUGUAGGUGGAAUGCCCCAACAACAAGGUUACGGAAGUCCAUUCUUUCAGCCCGGACCUGGUGGUGCCGGGGGCGCUCCUGGGAGCAAAUUCACCAAAGACGCGGAUGAUUCGAACCUUUAUGUAGGCUAUUUGCCCAACUCAGUUGAUGACGAAGGACUCAUGCGAUUGUUUGCGCAAUUUGGUCGAGUAGAAGACGCCAAAGUGAUCAGAGAUCGGCUCAAUGGAAGCAGUAAGGGAUAUGGAUUUGUCAAGUAUACGGACGCCGCUGCUGCAGCUCAGGCAGUUGUGCACAUGAAUAGUUACCGGCUGGAUGGAAAAAUUUUGGCAGUGAGAGUCGCAGGUCGUCCACCUCCUCCAGGAGCGCCCGGGGGUCCUGGAGGUCCACCGUUACCAGGAAUGGAUGGCAUGGGAGGAGGUGGCGGCUACCCUCCACCACCUCAACAGCAGCAGCAACAACAGCAGCCACCACCCCGAGGUCCUCCUCCAGGUGGUAUGGCCCCUGGUCGAAUGGGUCCUCCUCCACCGUGGGGAGCUCCGCCUGUUCCACCUCCUUACAAUCCAUUUGGUCCCGCUCCACCUGCAAAUCCAUACGGUCCUCCGCCACCCUCACAACCUCCUUCUCAAGGUGGACCGAUGAGGGGUCCUCCUCCUCAUUAUGGAGGACCGUAUAACGGCUACCAAGGACCACCACCUAAUCAGGGUGCUCCGCAGGGUAUGCCAGGAGGUCCACGCGGGCCUCCAGGAUCAAUGGAAGGCGGACCCCCCGGAGGACCACAAGGUCUUGGCAUGCCCGGAGUCCCAACUGCAGCAGCACCAAGUCCUGGAACUCGACCACCGGCAUCCGGUGUUGCAAUGGGAAAUCCUGGUUAUCCUUCCAUGCCUCAAUAUCCUGGCUACUAUGCGGCCCCACCACCACCACCAACCAGUGCUCCUCCUCCACCUCCGCCACCACCACCCCCUCCCAGUGCAGGUGGAGUACCGCCACCCUGGGCUGCAAAUGCAGCUUCUGGGACCGGUGGGCAGCAAACUAAUGCAGUGGAGUCCGAGUACGAGCGAUUCAUGUCUGAAAUGGGGCGGUAACACAGCAGUGAGUGGCAACGGAACGAUGACCUUUGUUGUCUGCGUGAGGAAUUGAGUUUGGUGCUUUAAAUUAUGCAUUUCCCCCCUGUAAUAUCAUUUGUAGAUCGGGUGUUACCAACCAUCUUGAAAAGUGGGAAGUUGAAUACUGUUUAUUCUGGGUUGGCAGAAAUGAAAGCAGUGAAUCGAGGGUUGGCAUCGGUGUUUGUUAUCACAGCAAAUACUUACUCUCUAAAGAAGUCAAAUUCCAUUUAAGCUAGUAACACCCCAGUAUCACAGUGGAAGACUCAGUUGCCUUAGUAACUGUAGGUCAGCUGACCUGGAGACGUAUAAUGGUUCCCUGAGUAUCCCAAGGAGGUCUUGGGGACCUAUGCAUAAUAGGGCAUUGGGUUUUGGGUGAAAUUUUCUCCACGACUUAAAAGAUGCAACAACUAAGACGGUGCAGGGGUUUCGAUCACAAUGGAGUACUUGGUGUUGUGGAGACAGGCGAGAAGAGAUCGGGUGUGCAUCCGCUGCAGUGGAUCCUAACCUUGGUGUUGUUGGACUUUGAUCUCUUACCGUGGUGGCGUUUGUUUGGUUGCUAACUGAGCUUCCAACACUACUUGCAGAGAAACUUCAUCAAGGCUUGUUGAAAGAUAUAGACUGACAGCAUAAAGACGUUGUUUGGGCAUGCUACUAGUUUAAAUGGCUAUCUGCUGACUGUUUUCUAUCUCAGGAUCAGUGCCGUAUUGAGCUACAUUAUGAGGGAGCUCUUUGUGCUACAAUUUUCCAUCAUUCUCCAUGCUGAGAGUUUAGUAGGUGAUUGAUACCAAGAGUUUUGAGUGUGAUGCUUAAUGUGAACUGAUGCAUGGAGUGCAGACUUCAGACACAUAAUCAGUAGUUAAGAUUGAGAUUUGAUUCUGUCCAAUUAACCUGGGUUAGCAUUGUUCUAAUGCGAGGAGACAUGCUUGCCCUUUCAGAUAGGGCGUGAACUCCCGAUUCAAAGUGCGGUCGCUUAAUCUGGCUCCUGUCCUUAUCAAAUGAUUGCAAGUUCUGUCAUGAGAUUUUAUUGUCUGAUCAUUUGUCGUAUUUUCUAAUCAUGCUUUGGAUCAGAUAUUAGACCAGUAAUGGUCUUGUGACACAUUCGGAACAGAGUUUCAUGGCUGACUCAUCAUGGGGUUUGUUUUUGUGAAUGUAUCGCCUAAUUAUGCCUUAUUUCCAUUCUCAUGACAUAGCCAGGCAUCGUUGUUGUUUUGAAACGAACGAUGGAAAUACUGACAACUGCAGAUUAAGUGAAGUGUUAUGAUGUAUGGGUAGCAUAUCAUAUUUAAAUAUUUAUAGAGAUAAUACUAUAAGCUGUCUCUUCUCAACGUAAUUCUCAUCAUCUCACAUAGAGUGCGAAGCGACUCAGAUUUUUUUUUUUGCCAGGAUGUAAUCCAAAGAUCCAUUUCGGGCCUGAAUUGUUCUUAAUGCUGACUUCGGCUGGCUAUGCAGUGCGGUUAUAAUGAUUGUUUACUAAGCAUCUCCAUACUUUCUUUUCGGUAGUCAAUUUUCUUGGGCACCUAGUUUUAUCCGUUUGAGCUCCGUUGUUUGAUUGCUGUUGUUGAAAUCUCCGUGUGGAGAUUUCCACAACAACUACUACUACCAAAUUCAAUAGGAAUCUUGCCGUUGUCUUAAUGUAGGUUCUAACGAUGACGCACCACGCAUGCUUAUCUUACUGUACGACGAGAACUUGCUUGGUAUUUAGCAGUAAGGUGCCAGCCCCAUUUCCUCUUGACAUAGUAUAGCAUCAACCUUCAAAUCCGACACAUUACCAGUCACUUGUUAAGUAGUAAACGACAUGUGAUAUAUCUCCUACUCCUGCUGGUCGGUAUUGUAGUGGUUUUAAGUUUAGUUGGAAAGAUCAUGAUCGCAGGGUUGAGGAACAUGGGCUAUAGCCCCGAAAGCUGUGAUGGUUAUGCUCACUCUCCUUAUUGGCUCUUAUCAUUAACCGCACGUUGAAGAUGGUGUAACCGAUGAUGGAGGAUAGCUGACAGUUGUGGGUAGAAAGAAAGAACAGAUAUGUAGUCAAAGUGGUCUGUGCGGCUUUUAGCUCUCAUAUUUCAUCAUAUCUUCUUUGCUAUUUCAGCUGAGGAGGAAACGAUUAUAGCUUUUAUGAGUUUCGUUUCGGAUGGUUUGGUUGUUGGAUCCAGAUUAUCGUAGACGGAAGAGUCCUAACCGUGAUCAUUGCUUUGACUUUCUUAAUGGAAAGUCUAGCCACUGUGCAACAGUCCUGAAUGAAAAGUUCGUAGUCAGUGAGCUCCGAGAAAUGCAUGGUACCAGGUGUCAGGUGAGUAGGUGCAAGCUGAAUGAGCACAGCACCUUCUUGGUAUGGGGCAUUGCUUGACUAUGCCGACCUCAACUGCAGAUGUGUUAGUUGAAAUACAGGGUUUUUUCAUCAAGUAACCAGGACGUAACCAACAUGCUAACAGGCACCAAACUCAAAAAACGUUCGUUUUUGUUUUGAAUUGCAGUAAUGCUUCUGAUGAUUGUUCCACGGAUCAUUGCAAAUGCGUGUAUUUCCGACUAGCCGACGACCUAACCGGCUGGCUAUGUUUUCCAUACCUGGAAAGGCUGCACAUGAGAACUGCGCUAAGCAUGGUGUUUAAAUUACUAGUCACGGGAAAGACGUGCAAGUUCUUAUUGAUGCUCUUUAAGAGCGCUGUUUUGGAGCCGAUUAAACAGUUCUCGUGGCAAUCGUAGAGUUACUAACUGGGGAGUCCUUGGAUUACAGUAAUAUUUUUUGUCAGAUGAAGAUGAGACACACCUUUUAACCGGUUCUGAAGCGGACAUUUGGUUUAGAGAGUGGUCGUUGUUAAGUUGAUCGUUCGUAACCUAACAGUUGGUUGAACCCAUCUAGUUGCAUCUCGAUGCAUAUCCAUUGCUUUGUAGAUCUGCAAGAAGAGGCCGGUCAUAUAUAUCCUGCAAUCGUGGAAAUGUGAAACAUGUUUCGUCUGAAUUCUUCACACUUAGGAGAUCAUUCACAAGGAUUACCUGACAUGUUCUUUCAAGCCAGCAUGCCAUCACUGGAGGCCCGUUGAGUGUUUGACUAGGCGUUUCGUCAAUCUGGGUUCAAAUCUUAUCCGUUCGACUACUAUCAAUAGGCCGCUAAUAAGGAAACGUAACCAGAUAGGCUGUGUUCUCACGUUACACGUGGAGUCAUCGAUCAUUAUGCCUCAUCUUAAUCUUUGUAUAACCCCUUGUUUUAUGAACAGAACCUUUCGACUGUCAAGUUGAGCAGAUCUACAUGUCCUCUCGCACAGCGGGGCUUACAGUACUGGGGUCGAAUUGUGCAGCAAGUCUGGAAGAGAAGAUGCUCUGCCCAUCUUUGUUAUUAUUUAGACCCCUUUGAGUGCUUUGCACCGAGCGCCUGGAGCAUGCCGAAUUGGUUGAGGAGAGGUACGUCUAGAUGACACACUUAUCCGUGAAAAUAUACAUGUUUUUUGGAAGUCGGAAGUGUGCCGGAUGCACCUUUCGUGUUUUAAAAUGUGAAGUUGACAUAAGGGUUGUCAUCUAGGAAGCGGCAUUCCCAAUGUUGGCACUGUAGACAUUGAAAUUCAAUCCCUUAUAAAAAAUUAUUUAACGACACGUGAAAACCCAUAAAGCAACAAAGCUGACUAAAGCAGGUGAAGUCUAUGUUUCCUCCAUGAGGUAACUGCCCCUCACAGUCCGACUCAGUUCGGAGUAGACGAUACAAACGUCAAAACCUCGCGAUAAACAUGAUAUUAGUUUCAUUGACGGUGUGCUACAAAGCUCUAUGAAAUUAUGAGACAUGUAGGAAAUUAUUUUAAGUCGUGACCUUAAAUUCGCACGGAAGAAAUGGUUUAAACAUUCAAGUGUUUACUUUCAUGUACAUGUUACCAGGAAGUAUGUGAGAUGAAAAGAAACCGAGGUACCUAAAUUGAAAAGGAAUUCUGUAUAUUUUGCCUGGCAUAUCAAGGAGAAUGAGCAAUUGAGUUUUGCUAACGAUCUCACACGAGGCAAUUCGGCCGGAAGAGGGAAACAGCCGUGGAGAGAACAGGUGGGUCAAAACCAAUUCAAUGUCGUAUGGGGUCUUCCCCUUCUACCUGCUGCUUUCUUUCCUGCAUUGGUGCAUUUGUGGCAGUAGUUCACGACUUAUCUCGAAGACCCUGGGACUGGAUUCUGGUCGAAAAAUUACACCAUCACUGAAGUUUACACGUCCAGUAAAAUAAAGAAUCGGGCUUCCUGGAGGUGAUUUUACUCUCCCGAGUAAGGUAUGUGCUGUCGAACAUUUGAACUUCAGUUCAACAGCAAAUACCUUACUCGAUCACGCUUGAGUCGUGACAAAUCCAAAACCCUUCGAGCGUGCAUGAACGACCCUGGAAGUACAUCCUCAAUACGUGUACCGUCUACCUGCGAAGAUACUAAUAAGUAUUUAAGCGGACAAAUUCCAAUCAGUUUCGUUGCAGAACUAAAUCAGACCGGGUACACCGAAGGGUGUGUGAACUGACCUUCAGAUAAGAAUGAAAAUAUUCUAAAAGUUGAUUCUGCAAGCCGACUUGCUGGAAACUACUUGACGCUAACUAACUAAUGUCGGCCUAAGACUCCGGGAAUUAUCUUGUGCCAGUACUCCGUAUCGGUGUAAUAUGCUUUCACGGGUUUUACAUUCAAUUAAACAGUCUGUCGACAUUUUAUGAUGGCCCCAAAUGUGAUGGUCGAGUGUCCAAAGCAAUAGCGGAUGACAAAUACAAUUGCUUAAUGUCUACUCUUAUAUCAUUAGUUUAAUUGACCUCGGC